GAAAUUGUUACUCGGAAUAAAAUUAAAUCUAUUUUUUUCAUUUUAAAGAUGUUUUUAGCAUUGGUGACGAAAUGGUGCUAGAGUGUAAACAAUAUUAGAUAGCAAUCUUGUCGAUAAAUUCAAGGACAAUUAAUAUGUGUUCUUCGGACUCCACACACUUUGACCUGCCCAAUUGCGUUCAUACCCCGAUAAUAACUUCAAGCCCGCAAUUCAUCCCUUAAAUGGUCCCAUAUAUUCAUUCAUAUAUGAUAAUGACUGGUAUAUAAAUUGAGGGAAUAGCGGUAACGAUGUUAAAUAUGGAUUUUGUUUAUAAAUCAAGGCCAAUAAAGCUGGAUCUACUGGACCGGUUUGUCACAUAAUCGAACAGAUAAUCGAGAUCUGGUGACCGUAAAGAUUGUGUUAACGUUCGAAAAAAUUGGUUUAAAAAUGGUAGCUAAGUAGGUAACUAACUAAUCGUGGACGACGGACGACAGACGAACAACUGAUAAAGGUCGAUCGCACCGAAAUGCUCACCUUUUACCACGAAGUGCUCAGUUAAAUACCGUGAGUCUCCAAUGUCGGACAGUAUGACGUCAGGUUAACGUCACUAGCAUUUCAACGCGCAGCCUAGCCGCAAAUGGCUUCAUACAAAGACAUUUUAAAGGAGAAAGAGAACCAGAACUGGCUCAAAGGUGCCCUCACCCUCAGGAUCACCAAGGCCGGUCUACGAGGCCUUGUCGAAGGGGAUUCAUGUCGCCUCCAGCAAAAGAUUCACUCUUCAGUCCUCCAGUCCAGGAAAUUAACUGCUGGAACAACAUGCAAGCUUUGUCUGACAGAGAAUCUGUUGCGAUGUCCUACAAAUGGACUGUGCUCACAUCCCCGAAACUGCAAGUAUCACGAUUCUCCAUUGAAGAUGCCCCGAUGUUGCCCUACACAGGUAUGCGAUGAUUUUCGGGAUAAAAUAUGCGCUGUUCACAGAUAUGGUGGACCGUCCUGGAAAAAUACCAAAGCCGACCAAUGGAGUACGAACCAUUGGCAAGUAACUAAAUGUUUUAUGCCACCCGACGGCUACAAAGAGGUCACUUCAUUCAAGGAGACAGACUUCAAUGGCAUCAUUAGCGUUAUGAUUAACUGCAGCGAGUUCCAAAGGAGUUUGUCAUUCAAUAUCUCCAGCAAGUCAACCGUAUUAACUAAGGCUCGUGAAAUAGGCCGCAAUAUUCGCCAUUCCCCAGAUCUCAAGGUGACAGACACAGAUCUAGCUGACUACUUCGCCACUCUGAACUUACUUCUGACAGACUCUACAUUUCUGGUUAGUGACAACGAUGCCCAGCAAGCUGUCCUUCAACUGAAACAGCUUGAAAAAGGCUCCCUUUCAAUUUCGGACGAAGACGUUGCGAAUGCGAUAAUAGAAGUUGGCAAGCGUGAGUUAGUGGAGUCUGUGGCAGCAGGGAAGAAAGCUCUAGAAGCCGUGGUGUCAAAUGGUAAAACUGUCAUUGAAACUGGUAAACGUGAGUUAGCCGAGUCUGUGGAAACAGGGAAGAAAGCGCUAGAAUGCGUGGCGUCGCAGGGUAAAACUGCCAUUGAAACUGGUAUACGUGAGUUCACCGAGUCUGUGGAAACAGGGAAGAAAGCGCUAGAAGACCCGGUGAGGCAGGGUAAAAAUGACAUUGAAACUUGCAAACGUGAGUUAGCGGAGAUUGCGGAAACAGAGAAGCAAGAGAUAGAAGACAUGGUGUCACAGGGUAAAAUUGACAUUGAAACUUGCAAACGUGGGUUAGGGGAGAUUGCGGAAACAGAAAAGCAAGAGAUAGAAGACAUGGUGUCACAGGGUAAAAUUUACAUUGAAACUUGCAAACGUGAGUUAGCGGAGAUUGCGGAAACAGAGAAGCAAGAGAUAGAAGGCGUGGUGUCGCAGGGUAAAACUGACAUUGAAACUGGCAAAUGUGAAAUAGAUGAAACGUUGUCUAAGGGCAAAGCGGUUAUCGAAACCGGAACUCGUCGACUGGAGCAAAAAGUGUCCGAGUGCCAGACAGCCCUCGAAACCGGGAAGCGUCAAUUAGAAGACGCAAUGACAACUGCCAAGAUGAGAGUGAAACUUGAGAUUGAAAACGCAGUGGCAAAGAGCAGAGCUGUUGUUCUAGUCGAGAAACCAGAGUUGGAGGAGUCCUUGCAGUUAAAAAAAGAAGUUUCUUCUCCGUCAGAGGCAGAACAAUCAGAAGAUCUACGUCAACGGCUGGUCAAGUACUAUCAAAAGCAGCUCAACAGCGCGCCCAUAUCGCCCCUGCUGUCGGACAAGGACGAAAGACUUGACAGGUUUUACGUCCCUCCGAAGAUCGUGAAGAAAGACCACAGAAGGGUUGGAGACGAUCAACAACAAAGUGGUUCUCCUAUUUCCUCUUACAAACAGAUUUUCUGUAACGAUGAGGGAUUGACAGGUACAGUUUUCGUCAUCGGUGAGGCCGGGAUGGGAAAAUCGUCAUUUUCGGCUAUGUCCACCCUAAAAUGGGCUACACAUGUCUCUGUCUCGAUUAGAGACAAUGGAGGAAAGAGUUUAGAUCAGGGUGAAGAAAAGAAGAAUUCUUCUGAAAGGCGACUAUUGAACGAUCCCUUACUAAAAAAUGUUCAAGGAGAAUAUGACAAAUUUUUGAUUUCAUUGUCUUAUGAUGAUAAAUUUUAUGUAGAGUCUAAUGAGGAGGAAUUUCGUAAAUUAUUGGCAAAGCCCAUGUAUGAUCUUCUUCAAGAUGAAGACACUCUAAAAAGCAUCGAGUUUAUGUUUCACCUUAAUCUGAGAGAAAGCUGUGAAACUUGCCGACUGUCAGACAUGAUUCGAGAUCAGCUGAUCAACACAAUUUACGAGCCAGAAGAGAGGGCCACAGGCUACUCCACUAUGCGGCGUGUUUUGUCAAACCGAAAGUGCGUGAUCAUAGCGGAUGGGCUAGAUGAAUGGUCGCAUCCUUUUGAAACAAAGUGUUCAUGUUCGGUAGAAGACAAAGCUAUCCCUCAUUUAUCGCCCAUGUUAGAUGUAACUGUAAUAAUAACAUCGAGACCCUGGCGAUUGUCCCGAAAUCGUGUAAAGGACACCAAAAUAGGCAAAUACUUCGAAAUACAGGGAAUAGCUAAUACCGGGCUGUUGGUUCAGAAAACGCUGGCUUGCCUUAAUGAAAGAGUAGCAGAAAAGAGAACAUAUCUUGAUUUCGUCCAAGUUGUUGUCAGAAGGAAAUUCGCGCAUCUACUCUCGGUACCUAUCAAAGCAAUGUUGCUAGUUUGUCUGUUGUUUGAGGGAAUACAGGAAUCACUUUCUUUGUGUGACAUAUACGCAUAUAUGAUGGAAAUGAUGUUUGCAAGAAAAGAGUUGCCUAUGCUUCGUGUUUCGCCCGAAAGCAAGUCUUUUCUCCAAUGUUUCAUGCAAAAAGAACAUGUACAAAAAUACUACAUUAUUGUCCUGAAGCUGGCACAACUUGCCUUUGAGAAGCUGUUUUUGAGUAACCGAAAAACAUCCCUGGUGUUUCAAAAAAUUGACUGCUUGACACAAGAAGAGCUCCUGUUCGUUCUGAAAUCGGGUAUCUUGCGAGAAACAAAGUCUCAAUCUUUGAUAAAAAAAUCAUCGAGUUUCUCAUUCAUCCACAAGACUGUGCAGGAAUUCCUUGCUGCAGUUUACGUUGCUCACCAUCCAAAAGAGAUUCAAAGUGUAAUAAAGCAAUAUUAUCAUGAAGCAGUACAGGAGUACUUAGCUGAAGAUUACAGCCCUCUGAAAUACUGGUCAAUGAAAAUGCCUGAUGUCUCGCAGCAUUUUAUCUACAUGUGCGGUCUAAACAAUGAAGUUGCACAUGAUAUGUCCGCCAUGAUGUCAAAUGGUAUACUGGAACAUCGUAACUGGAAUUUUGAUAACGGUGCGCUCGAUGUGAAUCUCGAAGUACAACGCACAAUUGUUUCUGGUUAUACUGAGGCCAAAGCCAACAAUGUAGAAAAUAUUCAACUGUCGCUAUUUUACCCUUACAUUGAUCAUGGGACUUCCAAUAUUUCAACGGUUAUGGCCUUGAUAUCGAUGAACAGGUCUCAGAUACGUCAUAUUCGUAUUGAAGGACAUCAGGUUGAAAUAAGCGAGGAGGAUAUCCAAGACGUGUUCAACAGCUCAACGGACAAUCUUGCCAUUGUUGAAAUAUGGAACCAUGCUGGACAGUAUGACCUUUCUGCGUGCAGACAUCUACAAUGUUUGGAAAUUCAUGGUCCUGAAACAUCGAAUAUCGUGUUCAAUACGAAGGUAUUAGUUUCAUUGGAGUUAAAUCAUGUUUCUGAAAAGGUUGAAAGUAGUGUUUUACAAUCGUUGGAACAAGAAUGGGAGAAAUUGGAGAUUUUCAUCAUAUGUAAUCUUACAAACAUUAGCUUUUUUUGUCAGAAACUUCCCAAGCUGAAUCAUUUAAAAUAUUUGAGGAUCGAUGAGGCAAUCCUCGGUAAUCACUCACUACUCUUUCCACCCUCUGUCACCAGUGUUGUCCUGAUCAGGGUUACUAUGUCCGCGCGGUCCUUGAGGGAGCUUGUGGAGAGGGUGGAGAACUGCUCUCACACGGUGAAGUGUUGGCUUGGUAGGUGCACUGUGGAACCGAUUACAGAUUUUGAAGACAUUAAACGGCAUACUGAAACGAUGAAAGAAUUUACUAUUGGUGAUUUUGAAAUGUGUGGCCCAUUGACUUUAUUUUAUAAACAUAAAUGUCUGUUUUAGUGGGAUAACUCUUUUAUUUCAUCGAGUGCCACCACCACUAGUGUAAAUAUUAUCUGUUAGUCAAUGCUUCAAAAUUAUGCUGAUUGUUUUAAAUGACAAAAGCGCGCUUAAUUCUUGAUGACAUCAAACAAUGACGUCAUUAAAAUUUUGUCAAAGCUUUGAGCGCGCUCAUUUAAAACAGUAAGUCGGUCACAGUGAGAUUGUAAUUUUAUCUUACUGAUAAAAGUCUAUAAACCACUGGAAAGCAUAACAUAAAAGGAAGCCUCCGGAAAAUAUACUAAUGGCCAAAAGUCGUGUCCGGUAUAUGUUUCAUUUGUGCCUUGCAAAUCCUCAUUGCCAAUUUUCAAUACAUUACUGUACCGGCAGUACUUGCUCAAAUUCCAAAAUUCUUCUUUCAUUGAAUGCAUAUUAAUGUCCCCUUUCCAUCGAUACCAAAUUUAUGAGUGUGCGAUAUAAAACCAAACAGAUAUUGUAGUUUUUGUAGACCGAACAAGACCUUUGGAUAUUGUAGUUUUUGUAGACCGGACAACACUUUUGGCCAUUAGAAUGCGACGCUGUUUAAAUAUGAUUAAGUCAUAAAGUAUGACAUAUUGAACCUGAUCUUCACUGUAUUCUGUGAUUCACAUACCGUAAAACUGAAGGUUUUUCCUUACAAUCCUCCUGUAUUAUUUAAUAUUUCUUAAGGAUCUUUAAAUGAAAUAUGGGUUUAUUUAUAAGCGCAAAAAUGUUUCACUUUAAUUUGUAAACUUAUCUUUUUAUAACUGGCCUUUUCUUUGCAAUAAUUCUUUAUUUUCAAUAAAAAUGUAACAUAAUUUACCAGCGUUUCCAAAUUCCUGACGUCAGACUGAUAUGAAACUUUCCCAAAAUAUUCAAUUAUUAUAAUUUUAUGAUAACAUCAGUUUAAACAGGUCAAAGAAACCAUGCUAUAAAUUGAUUUUUCGUUUCAAUAUAGGUAACAAAACUUUAAAUUAGGUUACAAAACAAAUCUCUCGAAAACAUGACGAAUAAGCAGAUAUAUCAGAUAUAUAUUGAACAAUUCUAUGAAAAGCCAAAUAUCCAUGGUUAUUGUGAAAGACGAUUACAAGAGUAUAUUUGCCGGAACUCUUGGUAUUUGCACAGCCCAUAAAUCCAUCGUGGACAAUAAAGUCAAACAGUUUUAAAUAAAAGUUAUUACAUAAGGCAUUUUCAACGUUUUGGAGUGAUAUUCAGGCAGUCUUUAAAAUAUUUGGAAUACAAACAUAUUAUGAAUAUUAAGCACAUUAUUCUGGGGUGUAAAAUUACUCAAAAAUAAUAUAAUAUUGUAAACAUUGUUUUAAGUCAAGUUUCUUAUUGUAUUUAUAAGACUUACUUUAUUUGUGGAAUGAGUAUGAAACCGAUUAAUAUUAUAUACCAUUUAUAUAAUGAUUAAAUAACUCUUCAAACUAAUUUAACAAAUAAAGGCAUUUGCUUGCGUUUUUUCAUUGAAUUUGUCAAAUAUAUAUUCCUACAUGUUGAUCACCUCAAAUUUUGUACUAUUUACCAAAUUGUUUGUUGAUGUUGAUGUCUUAGUCUGAGUUUAUAUUUAGAGAUUGACAAAACCCAGGAUGGUGGGCGUUCGGGUGUCGUUAGCAAUUUUUGUUAAUGUUUCUGUUUUUGCAAGUGUUAAUAUGGAUCAUAUCUGGUCAGAAAAAGGUCAAAUAAUAGGAAAACAUUUUUGUGUUUAGGUUCCUUAUUCAUGUCUUGAAAUUAACAGUGCACAUCCUAUCUUCAAGAAACUCAGUCGGAAUAUUUAUUGACCAGUGUGAAUAUGGGUCAUAUCGGGUCAUAAACUAAGUCAGUAUGUCAAAUACAGAAACAAUGCGCAUAAAGUGUUUAUGAACUCUUCAUGAAACGCGGUUAGAACAUUGGUCAUCUUGGAUCCAAACUAUGUCAAAUAUUAAGACAAGAUCCGCCAUUAUAUACACACUACAAGCAAGCGAAAACUGCGUUUAGAAAAAAUGCAUCUUGAAGCUAUUGAAGCUCACGAAAAUUCAUACUUAAGACGAGCUUAACAAAACGGCAGAGCUGGACUACAAACUGUUCUGGAAACUCGUUCGGUCAUAAAAUCCCCAAAAGUCAAACGUCUGCUCAGAGAUUAUCUAUAACAAAUUGUCAUAAAUUAACGAAAAGGUUACAAAAGGAUUUAUGCACCACUAUUCCAACGUUUUUAGCCGUUCAAACAGUCAAGAUACCCUCAAUCACCGAGGCCGACCUAAAUAACUUUCUUAACGUAAAUAGCGGAAAUCGAGGCUCUUUCCAUUUUUGCACUUCCCUUCACACCGGAAGAAAUACAGAAGGUCACUCAUCUACUGCAGGUUUCAAACUUAAAACACGUUCGGGGCAAGGUGUUUACCCUUAUGGAGUAUGUCCUCUCGUUUCAUGCAGCUUAUAUCAGAAGAUAAUAGUCACGAUAACACUUUACGGCUCUGCUCUGAAUUAUGGAACAACAUAACGUAAAUGGCACAAACACAGUCGAUCUAUUUCAACACUUGUGGCAAAGAAAGUGCAAGGCUUUUUCUUGCAAAUCAGAUCUGGUAUGUCGGAAUCUAUGCUCGGACCUAACCGCCUAUGUAGCCAGAUCGAUAAACGCAAACUGAUGUGUUUUUGUAUAUUUUUUUUUAAUUUGUCUUAACAUUGUAUAACGAAAGAGAUUUUCAUCAGAAAAUAUUGUAUGUAUUUAGAAGAAAAGACCUCUGUUAAACUUGGUUUUAUCCCAGACAUAUGCAGAAUACUCUCAAAGUACAAUUUGCAAUUUAUACUUAAUGGGUACCUUAAGCAUCCUUUUAAUUACUUAACUCAAAACGACAUGGAAAAAGGAUUGUUAAAAACUCAGUCAAAUUGUUAGAACUUGCUGGGAAAAUCGCACCGUAAAUGACUGUGACUUCAUAGUGUUUCGAAUUCUUCAUCCUGUAGUCUCGCCUUCUAUAAUAUACUCUGUUUAUCAGAAAAUGUGUAUUCAGGGAGACUCUUAGAAUUAUAGCAAAUUAAUGGGGUAGGUCAGCUGUGCUUGCGACCAGAACUUGCAUUAAAUGUGAUGGGAUAUACCUGGAAGAACUCACACAUGUUCUAUGUGAAUGUAAAACUACACUAAUCGAAAUAGCAAACUUUACAAAUCCAAUCGAGCCACUACUGGAAACAGAUCAUCACGUCGAUUUUUUUUUAAUUUUUUUUUUAAAUUUAUUACACGCUGCUGAAACAAAUACUUUUCAAAAUAUUAGUAACAUUCAACAUACUGACAUAUACAUAUAGAACUGUUAAGCAAUUUUUGGAUUUAACUUAUCAAUUAAUUCAUGUUCAUAUGUCUUUCUUACAUAACUAUUAUUACGUAUGCUUUAACUCGCUACUAGUAUUUCGUUUCAACAAGAUUUCUGCAUCAAAGCUGCAUAUGACUACACCAUCAUGGAGGUCAAACAGACUUAUUUUAUUUGAGCAUGUUAUUUGCAUAACCUUUUUAUCUAUACUUCGAUAUGAAGCUAUAUCCUACAAUAUUUUUUAUAAAUAUAUUGACACCAAUAUGAUUUGAUUUUGAACUGUAUUAGUAUUGCAUAUGUGUUCUAUGUCUAUCAAUGUU